CUCCCAAAGGCAGCCAAAAGAAAGAAACAACUUGCCAGUACCAGGCAAGCAGAAAGCCAAGCCUAGUUACGCAAAACGGGACAAGCAAGCAGGCAGUUGUUAUCUCUGGGAGAGAGGAAAACAAUCCACAGUGGGCUUGAAUAUGAAAAUGGAGGGACAACAGUGAGAUUUUUUUUUUUUUCCUCUCCAGACUGGGCACGGCAGAGAUUCAGAAGAACAGAUUCUGACCAGCUGGAAAUCCUUGGGAACACAGGAGUUGGUUCCUCCCCUCCAGUUGCCGUGGCCAGUGGGAUCAACUUCCGCUGGAUAUUUGCUCUGAAGUUUCCACAGCUUCAAAAUCUUGGGAGAACUGACAUACGGCCGGCAGAAGGACUUGCUCUGCUUAUCAGCGGUCAUCAGACUUCAGCAUGAUCACCUCUCAGUUGCUGGCUUAUGUGGCAGUUUCAGUUCUCUGUGUCUUCAGAGUCAGCUCCCGGGAUACAUUUAUUGCAGCUGUUUAUGAACACGCAGUGAUAUUACCUAAUGCCACCCUGAUACCAGUGUCCCAUGAAGUGGCAUUAGCAUCAAUGAACCAAAAUCUGGAUCUUUUAGAGGCAGCAGUCACUUCAGCAGCAAACCAGGGUGCAGAUAUUAUUGUGACUCCAGAAGAUGGUAUAUAUGGCUGGAACUUUAACAGGGAAACUAUCUACCCAUACCUGGAGGAUAUCCCAGACCCUGAAGUCAACUGGAUCCCCUGUAUUAAUCCCAGAAGGUUUGGCUACACCCCAGUGCAAGAAAGACUCAGCUGUCUGGCCAAGGACAACUCUAUCUACCUUGUGGCAAAUAUUGGAGACAAGAAGCCAUGCAAUGCCAGUGACUCUCAGUGUCCCCCCGAUGGUCAUUACCAAUACAAUACUGAUGUGGUCUUUGAUUCCCAAGGAAAACUGGUGGCACGCUACCAUAAGCACAACCUUUUCAUGAAUGAAAAUCAAUUCAAUGUACCCAAGAAGCCGGAGGUUGUGACUUUUGACACUGUCUUUGGAAGAUUUGGCAUUUUCACAUGCUUUGAUAUACUCUUCUAUGAUCCUGCUGUUACUCUGGUGAAAGAUUUCCAUGUGGAUACCAUAGUCUUCCCAACAGCAUGGAUGAAUGUUUUGCCACAUUUGUCGGCUAUUCAGUUCCACUCAGCUUGGGCAAUGGGCAUGGGGGUCAACUUCCUUGCAUCCAAUAUACAUCACCCCUCAAACAGAAUGACAGGAAGUGGCAUCUACGCACCUGAUUCCCCACGAGUAUUUCAUUAUGAUAUGAAGACAAAGAAGGGAAAACUCCUCCUCUCAAAAUUGGAUUCUUACCCACACCGCCCUGUAGUGAAUUGGACUUCUUUUGCCAGUAGUAUAAAAGGGUUUUCAACAGGAAAUCAGGAAUUUAAAGGUACUGCCUUUUUUGAUGAAUUCACAUUCUUGGAGCUCACAAGAGUCACAGGAAAUUACACAGUUUGUCAGAAAAAACUCUGCUGUCAUCUAAGCUACAAGAUGUCUGAGAAGAGAACAGAUGAAGUUUAUGCCCUAGGGGCAUUUGAUGGACUACAUAUUGUCGAAGGGACAUAUUAUUUGCAGAUUUGUACUCUGCUGAAGUGUAAAACAGCACACUUAAACAGUUGUGGCAGUGCAGUUGAAACUGCUUCUACCUGGUUUGACAUGUUUUCCCUCAGUGGCACUUUUGGAACCCAGUAUGUCUUCCCUGAGGUGUUGCUAAGUGAAAAUCAACUUGCUCCUGGAGAAUUUCAGGUGUCAAGUGAUGGACGCUUGUUCAGUGUGAAACCGCCAUCUGGACCUCUCUUGACCGUGACUCUGUUUGGGAGAGUGUACGAGAAGGACCAGACAUUAAACGCUUCAUCAGACCUCCAGGCACAAACACUAGGAAUAAUGCUCUUAGUCAUAAUACCAAUUGUGUGCUCAUUAAGUUGGUAAAAUAUUUCUCUUUAUUUUGUGUAACUAAAAAAAUGAUGGCUGAGAAAAGAAGGAUGAAGAUCAUAACAAUGGUCAUGGUCUCUUGUACAAGUAAAUACAAAUACAUAUACAUAUAUAGUUCACGGAUUUUAUACACACACACACACACACACACACACACACACACACACACACACACACACCAUCCCCAGAUAAUAGAAGCCAGAUAAAUAGUGACAUCAUUUUGAAAGGUUAAAAUCUAUAAAAUGAGGGUAACAGUUUUACUCACAAUUUUAGGUUUGUUUUUUUUUUUUUUUUUGAAAAUUAAAUAAUUGAAUGCAUUUAAAGUCCUUAGACAAGUUUCUGGAUCAUGGAAAGUACUGGAUAUGUGCUAGCUAUUCACAACUGUAUAAUUAUCACAGUAAAACCAUGUGUGAUAUUUUUAUUGCUAAAAUUACAUCACCUCUGAUUGUCUAAAUUUUUAAACAUCUUCCACAGGCUUAGCCACCCUCCAUAUUUCAAUUAGAAAAUCAAUGAACUCAGCAUCAGCUAAUUGGUUUGGGUUUGAUACCUAGCAAUGACGUAUUCUGGAAGGCAGCUGGACAUACAACUCUAACAACCUGUUAGAGGGCCUUCACUUUUUUGAAUGUUUUUCAGUGCCUCUUUAGUGUUUUACCUAUCUUGUUAGCCUAUAAGCAUAUCACUAGGGCGGUUCUUUUUUUUUUUUUUUUUUUUUUUUUUUUGAUAGGGUGGUUCUAAAGCAAACAUUUUACUAAAUCAGUACUGUGAUAAGUUUUUGCAUGGCCUUAGGUUUUUAUGUUUCUAAAUGGUUGAAAAACAAAGAAGAAUCAAAAGAAGAAUAAUAUUGUGUGAUAUGUGAAAAUGAUCUGAAAUUCAAAUUUCAGUCUCCAUACCUAAAAGUUUUAUUGAGCACAGCCAUGUUUAUUUAAGUGCUGCUUAUGGCUUAUGUUUGUUUUUAUGCUAUGGUGGCGAAGUUGGGUAGUUGUGACACAGACCCUAUGGCCAGAAAAGCUGCCAUUGCCUUGCCGUUUACCGAAAAAGUUUGUUGACUCCUGCCCUGAAGUAUAAAAUAACAGUGGAUAAUAGUAUUAAAAACCUUUAAAACAACUCAGGGGGCAAAUUGUCUUUAAGUGUCUUUCUUGUAAUUCUUUCACAAAAGGAAAAAUAAAAUAUCUUCAUUUGUUUUGUAUGGUAUACCAUCACACAUCACACAUCACACACAUACACGAGACUACCCUGAUUAACUUACAACCAAAUGUGCUAAGUAAACUAAUACCUUGAAUAAGUAAGCUAAUUUUUAUGAACAUUGUUAUUUAUUCACUAAAGGAUACACACUGCAAAGUUUUUUGGUUUUUUGGGUUUUUUUGCAUUUGGUAUGUUCUAAAAUUCCUGAGAGAAAGCAUGUUAGUUUUUAUUUUCAAAUUUUUCCUGGAAAUCAACUAAGAACUACUCAUCUGAACAUAGUAUCUAAUAUUUUCCCCUAUGACAAACUUACUAGCUUGUCUUAGCAUGAUUUUUUUUAAAGUUAAACAUUACACAUAGUGAGUUUACCUUUUAAAAAUAUUUACGAUGUCCAUACCCAGCUCUGAUUACUAGAUUUCUUUAAGUCAUGUAUUUUAUGAUAGCUUUGAUACGCUCCUGUGAUUUUUAUUUCCUCUGCAUAAAACAUUUGUGAUGCUCUUUUAAUACAAACAACCCAAUUCCAAAAAAGAUCAAUGCUCAAAUAUGUUUUCCUUAAUCUCUUUGUACCUCAAUGAAUUUGAGUGGUCUAAAGAGCAAUUUUUGAUACUCCUUCAUUUAAAGAUAUAACUUAUUGUCAACCUCCUGCUGAUGUAAAACACACACACACACAGUCUUUUAUUGUAGUAGCCCUCUUCCAAGAUGGUCCCCAGUGAUCCUCACCUCCAGGCUCCAUGGAGAAAUUCUCCCUGAUUGUUUUGUUGCUAUUGAUUCUUGUAUUUUUUUUUUUUUUUUUUAAAGAUAGAGAGACAUAGAUAGUGAGCACAUUAGUGGGGUAAGGGAAGGAGCUGAGGGAGAGUGAAUCUUAAAGGCUCCAUGCCCAGUGUAGAACCCAACACAGGGCUCAAUCUCAUGACCCUGAGAUCAUGACCUAAUGAUCUGAAAUGAUCAUGAACUGAAAUCAAGUCUGAUGCUUAACUGCCUGAGCCACCCAGGCACCUGUGAUUCUUAUUUUCUUAUGUAGUUCCUGAGCCUUGUCACUUAUAAUAAAUCUGAAUCCAUUGCCACUUUUACUGUAACACAUAUCUCUUACUCAGCUCUGCUUAAGUGUUCGAAAGAUUUUACUUAUUUGUUCUUUUAGUUUUUUAUCUAAACAGUAUAUUUCAGGUCUCAUAGACUGAAUUGUGUCCCCUCUCAAAUUCAUAUAUUGAAGUCUCAACUUCAUACCUGAGAAUGUGAUUGUAUUUGGAAAUAGGGUCUAAGGAGAUAAAAUGAUGGCAUUAGGGUGGACCCUAAGCCAGUAUGACUGGUCUUGUCAGAAGAGGGGAUUAGAACAUAGACAUGCACCAAGUGGAAACUAUGUGAAGACACAAAGCAAGAUGGCCAUCUACAAGCCAAGGAGAGAGCCUCAGAAGAAAUCAACCCUGCUGAUACUUGAUUUCUAUUUCUAGCCUCCAGAGUCUUGUAAAUAAAUUUUUGUUGUUUAAGCUAA